AGCGCAACAACAAACCAUCCCUUCACUCGCAGCCUUACAUGCAGGCAUCCGUCAAUGCCACGCAUUCACCCACGAGACAUCUGGCAAGCGCGGAAUACCAACAAGGCUUUGCUGGCGCUUCUACCGGUCUGCAGAGAUCUCCAAGGGGCUCGCAAUGAACUCAGAUGGCUCAAACAACACGCAGUGGCGGUAUCACAACAAAUCGGGCACAGCAGACAGCCGAGUCUGCUGACCGAGUUUAUCGAUCGCCGUGCUCGUGGCGAGCCUCUGCAAUAUGUGUUAGGGUCCGAGUACUUUGGAGAACUAGAGAUCAGAUGCCGGCCAGGUGUUUUGAUACCAAGACCGGAGACAGCAGCAUCUACAUCACACCUCGCACAUAUUGUCUCGACUGAAUGGGGGUCGAUCGCCGCAGAGAAAAAGCCUCUUCGAGUACUUGACCUCUGCACAGGCAGUGGCUGCAUCCCACUCUUAUUCCACCAUGAGUUCUACUCCCAUGAGCAAAAUAACUCCAAGCAGCUCGAAAUGGUAGGCGUAGACAUUUCCAGUGAUGCUCUGAGCCUCGCGAGAGAAAACCUGAUACAUCAAAUUGCGAGACAAGGGAAGCAGUACAGCUCAGGCUUACCACGAACCAAAUCUCUGCAACACAUCGGCUUUGUUCAGGCCGAUAUCCUCAAAGACGACCAAGAUAUGCCCCCAGAUGACAGAUAUGAUGGACCUCUACCACUCGCUCAAGCACUAGCCCGCCUCAGCGACAGCUCGCCACCGACAUUCGAUAUCCUGACCUGCAACCCACCGUACAUAUCUCCCAGGUCUUUCGUGACCACCACCGCGCGAUCAGUCAGGCAGUAUGAACCAGUCCAGGCUCUAGUGCCCGCACCACAAAACACGAAAUUGAUGACAGACAACGACAUCGGCGAUCUAUUCUACCCGAAACUGCUUGCCAUAGCGGAACAGAUUGAAGCAAAAGUAAUUCUCUUCGAGGUCGCGGAUCUGACGCAAGCACAAAGAGUGGCUGCGAUGGCUGCUAGACAAGGGACUUGGGCCAGAGUCGAAAUCUGGCGAGACGAGCCAACGGCGGAGGUCGUCUCAGAAAGUGUGCAAAUCGACCGACACAAUAUAGCCAUGCGGGGUGCUGGGCAUGGGAGAAGUGUUGUGGCAUACAGGGACAAACUUGUGACAGAGGUCGCUUGA